CAAAGAGUUGAAGGCCAAAUUCUGCCAGGUGGGAGUGGACAAAUAAUGCUGCCUACCCUCCCCCACCUUACUGGGUACUUAUUUAACAUGGAGAAUAAAAACAACUAAGUCCAGCACCACCAUCCCAAAAAUUCCGACAUAAUGAAGUGGGGAACAUUAAUUUCUUUUCUUUUUGUUGUAAGCCUUACAAUAGCAAAAGCCCUGCCCAGAAGUUAUCGGGAUGUAGGGGAAAAAAACAUUAUCCGUGAACGUUUUGCUGAGCUAGGAGAACAAAAUUUUAGAGCCAUAUCCAUGGUCAUGUUUGCUCAGUAUGUGCAGAAAGUCUCUUUUGAAAAAGCAGCUAAAAUGGUAGAUGAUGUCACAGAUCUUGCAAAAAGGUGUGUUGCUGAUGCCAAAGACCCAAAAUGUGCCGAGCCACUGACUACCCUUUUCCUGGCUGAAAUCUGCCAGGAGGAAGGCCUUACUGGAAUUACUGAGUGUUGUGCUAAAGAUGACUCUGAAAGAAAUGAAUGUUUUCUGUCCCAUAAAAAUGUUACCAAAGGAUUCAUUCAUCCCUUUAAAAAUCCAGAACCUGAAAAAGCAUGCAGUGAUUAUGCUGAUAACCAAAAUUCACUAGUAGGCUAUUUCAUCUAUGAAAUUUCCAGACGGCAUCCCUUCCUCUAUGCCCCGACAAUCCUUUUCACUGCUUACAAUUAUGAGAAGAUGAUGAACAACUGCUGUAGCACUAAAAACAACCCUAAUUUUAACCUGACAGAAUGCUUUGUAAAGCAGCAACCAGUUGUGAUAAAGCCAGUAAAAGAAGAUGGUUCCAUGCAGGAACACACAUGUGAGAUCCUGAAGAAAUUUGGAGAAAGAACAUUGAAGGCUCUGACGCUUGCUCUUUUCAGCCAGAAAUUUCCUAAGGCUGAUUUUGACACCAUGAUGAAAAUGACAACAGACAUUGUGGAGAUGCAAAAGGAAUGUUGUCAAGGAGACAUGCUGGAUUGUAUGCAUAACAGGGCAGAGUUUACAUCAUACGCAUGUUCCCACCAAGACGCCAUCUCAAGUAAAAUUCAAAACUGCUGUGAAAAGCCUGUGCUUGAAAGAAGCAAAUGUAUAUUUAUGUCAGAAAAUGAUGACAAACCCACAGGCUUGUCACCUCAAGUCAGACAGUUUAUAGAGGAUCAAGAUGUCUGCAAACACUUUGAAGAGAAAAAAGAUAUCUACUUGGCCGAGUUUCUCUAUGAAUAUUCCAGAAGACACACCGAGUUCUCCCUUCAAAUGCUUUUAAGAAUUGGUAAAGGAUACCACGGUUUACUGGAAAAGUGCUGCAAAACCAGCUCUCCUCAAGAGUGCUAUGGCACAGGGGAAGAAGAGCUGAGAAAACACAUCCAGGAGUCCAUAGCACUGUUAAAUACCAACUGUGAACAAUACAAGAAACUGGGAGAUUAUGCUUUCCAAAAUGAGCUUCUUCUGCGCUAUACCAAGAGAAUGCCUCAGCUGCCCUCCAAAGAGCUGAUCCAAUACACAAAGGAAAUGGUGGUAGUUGCUUCCAGGUGCUGUCGGCUCAGCGAUGACAAACAAAUGCUGUGUUCUGAGGGAUUUCUGGAUCUUGUGCUUGGGGGAAUAUGUAGAAGACAUGGGACGGAUCCUAUAAACCAGAAUGUCUGCCAUUGUUGUGAUGAUUCCUAUGCUCUCAGGGCGCCCUGUAUCACCAGCUUGGAUGUUGAUGAAAAAUACAUACCAAUACCAUUGACUCCUAGUCUAUUUACCUUUGAUGAAGGCUUGUGUACAACUGAAGAAAACAAACUACAAGAAAAGAAGCAGAAUCUGCUUAUCAACCUCAUCAAGUAUAAGCCUCACAUUACAAAAGAACAGCUGGACUCCAUCACUACAGCUUUUACCACCUUUAGAGAGAAGUGCUGCAAGGUGGACAACCAUAAUGCAUGCUUUGCGGAAGAGGGCCCAAAUCUGAUAACCCAGGGCAAGGCUAUUUUGGGAGAAUAAAACUACUCAGUGGAAGAAGAUGGCGAUAAAAUUCAUCUGUGCUCCAUUUAUUUUGUUUUUUCUUUUCUAUUUGCCAUCUAUGUCUAAGUUCUCUCAAGUGAAGGAAACAAGAUUCUUCUAUUAUUUUUAUCUCUCAGUUUUGCGACCAUUCAAUAAUGAAUAAAAACUUCAAAAAAACCUCCCUCCCUGUCCUGGCCUGUUGAUUCACUGCAUGAAGAAUUACUUGAAAACAAUUUCCUACAAACUUGUUGCAGCACCAUUACCAGUUCUUAGCUGUAUUUCCUUAGCUGGUUAUGUCAAGGGCAUGCUUCAGAGAAUUUAUCAUUUUAAACCAGGCUUCUUAGUUAUUUUUAUAAUGUCCACAAACAUAUUUGGCACUCUCUGAAUAUAGCAAAACAGAUCUGUCCUGACUAGCUUUCUGUCUGAAGUCUGUUUAGAUUGUUAAAGCAGAGGGGACAGAUUCCAAACAGUGGAUACAAGUAAGGACAAUAUUUAAACCACAACCUUUACUUAAAUCUCAUGAACUUUGGUGGGACUGAAAAUUAAGAGUGCACUUAAAUCAAGGUAAAAUCUUUUUUCUUUAUGUUUUACAUCUUAUUUACCCUUUUUAAACACUUAGCUCUUUCAUUUGUGUUUUAAUCUUUAUGUGUUAAU